GAUGCCGCGGCGAGGGAGCCUCAUACUUCUGCACCCUUCAAGCUGACCUUUGUCUCGAAUUGGCCGUAUUGGGACACAGUGGGAAUCGACCUUAAUUGGUUACAACCUAUAUCUGACCAGAAAGAGCCUACGGUUCCUUCUCGAAAAGCAAUCUUAUCGACACUAGUACCAUCCAUCGUUUGUCAGUGCUUCUCACUAUGAAUCGGUACGUCGAAGCUCCAGCUUUCGUUCCUUCCAGCAUCAAUGUUCAAGAUUCUAUAACAUCGCCCGACGACUCGGCCUCGACCAAUGCUACAAGCCUACCGGACCGCAUAGGGUCAAGAAUGCUUUAUACACCAGCAGUACCAUCACCACUUCGGCCUGUUUUGAGGCUAGGAUGCCCGAAUCCGAGAACCAACAUCAACACACCUACCAACUUGUGGUCAGCUUUGACAUCACUGAACUUUUCCGAGCAGUCAUACACGGAAAAGGCUUACUUGAUGGCUUCCUUGAGCAAACAGAACGAACGCGAGAUCGAGCUCAUGCGAAAGCUGUCGACCCUUCAGGUGAAUGUUGACAGCGGCCUGCCGUCUGACGAGCGUCGCAAGGCACGAAAGAAGAUAGCUUUGCUCAAGAGCAAGAUUUCCGACGCCACGGCACAAAAGAAGGCCAUUCUACUGCGGCUCAGCGAUAUCUACGUGGAGCUCCAGAGCCGCGAGACGUGGGUCCAGAUACAGAACGAACUCUACGAGCGAAGAUGCGCGUGGUGGGCAGUCGACUCACCCGGUGCUGCCGCUUACGCUACGACUCUCUCCGAUGUGACAUCGAUGAUGCCGACGCCGUUUGAUGCUGCCUCCGCCGUCUUCUUUCCCGCGGGUUGCCAUCCGGUCUACAACACGUGGGACGUGGCGGCGCCUCGGUUUGAAGAGCAUGGGUAUGAGGUAUAUAAUACAGUGCCAGCUGAACUGUGGACCAACCACAACCAACAUUCUGAUGAAAUUCUUGCGGAGGACUUGGGAAAUCAUGGCUUACAAUUUAUGUACGAAGAGAGGGCGGAAGAACCGCAGCAGGACGUCAACGAGGUCCAAGACACUAAACCAAGCAGAGAGAUUUCACUUCUGACAUCGAGCAGAAGGGAUAGUCUUCCAUCAAUGAAAAGCCUCUGGCCAGGGGUUGAGGGGAUAAGUAGACCAGGCGAUAAGGCACACGAGCCAGUAUCGUAGGUCUAUCAGGACUAGGUAUGGCUAUAAGGCAGACAGGCGCAUAUA